UCUUCUCGUCUCUGCAGGGAUCAGGAGGCUGAAGAGGAGCAGGAGGAGGAGGAGCCUGAACAGGUGGAGGUGGAGGAGGAUGGAGGAGAGGAGCAAGAAUACCAAGAUCAAGAUGCUCAGGAGGAAGAGGAGGAACGCCCCAAACCCAAGCCUAUGAUGCCUCAACUUGCACCUCCAAAGAUCCCUGAAGGAGACAGGGUGGAUUUUGAUGACAUCCACAGAAAGCGUAUGGAGAAGGAUUUACUGGAGCUGCAAACUCUGAUCGAGGCUCACUUUGAGCAAAGGAAGAAGGAUGAGGAAGAACUUAUUGGCCUCAAAGGUCGAAUAGAGCAUCGUCGGUACGAGAGAGCUGAGAUCCAGAGAGUUAGAGCAGAGAAGGAGAAGGACAGACAGAACAGGAUUGCGGAGGAGCGUCACAGAAAAGAGGAAGAGGAGGCCAAGAGGAAGGCUGACGAUGAUGCCAAGAAGAAGAAAGUGCUGUCUGGCAUGGGAGCAAACUUUGGAGGCUUCCUGGCCAAGGCUGAGACGAGGAAAGGCAAACGUCUGACAGGCCGAGAGAUCAAGAAGAAGACUCUGGCUGAUAGACGAGAGGCACUCCCCAUCGACAGCAUGAGGGAGGACGCGCUCAAACAACGGGCCCAGGAGAUGUGGAACUGUAUCUACCAGCUGGAGUCUGAGAAGUUUGACUACUUGGAGCACAUGAAGCACCAGAAAUAUGAGAUCACUGUGCUGCUGAACCGGAUCCAACAUGCUCAGAAAUUUAAAAAAGGUCACGGCAAAGGGAAAGUGGGAGGCCGCUGGAAGUAAAGAACAGAACAAAAGAAGGGUCCAUGGUCAUCUAUCCACUCUUCAGACCGUCCUUGUAUGUGUGAAAGAUUGUUUCUUGAUAAGAUUUGUUGAUAAUAAAAUAAAAUGCGCUGAGUUUUA